AUGGGUGAUAGAAAGAGGGUGAAUGUAGAAGGAGAUCGACUAAGCAGCUUGCCGGAUGAUCUUAUCCAUAAAAUCUUGUCUUUUGUUAGCAUCAAACAGGCUGUUGAAACCAGUGUUUUGUCUCCCAGAUGGAAGUAUAUCUGGACUUCAAUGCCUUACCUCAAUUUCUCAAAUCAGGAUUUUUGGACGUUGCUCACGUUCUCCGAAUUUGUUAAACAUGUUCUCAGUGGCCGAAACAAUCAAAUCAAAGUGUCUUCUGUCGACCUCACUUUUAUAGGAACGGUUAGACAGAAGUUUGUCACAAGAAUUAUGAAGUACGCAUUCUCCCAUGAUGUCCAACAAUUGAAUAUUACAUGCUUAUCGGCAAAGAUGCUCGAUACCACUCGCUUCCAUUCUCGGUCUCUCAAGCAUUUCACUUUGACGGGGUCCAGUCACAAACUUACUUGCAGGAGCCCAACUACUUGGAAGAUGCAAGCUUUAGCAACAUUGAAUCUCUAUUGUGUCACAUUGCAUGAUGCCAAUACUGACAAAUGA